UUAACAGGAGAUGUGUGUGAUUCCAACCCCUGUGAAAAUGGUGGCAUCUGUUUGUCUGGGUUGGCUGAUGACUUCUUUUCAUGUGAAUGUCCCAGUGGCUUCACAGACCCCAACUGUUCUAGUGUUAUGGAGGUUGAAUCUGAUGAAGAGGAGCCAACUUCAGCAGGACCUUGCCUUCCUAAUCCCUGUCAUAAUGGUGGUACCUGUGAAAUUAGUGAAGCGUAUCGAGGGGAUACAUUCAUAGGAUACAUCUGUAAAUGUCCAAUGGGAUUUAAUGGAAUUCACUGCCAGCACAAUGUAAACGAAUGUGAAGCUGAACCUUGUAAAAAUGGUGGCAUUUGUACAGAUCUUGUUGCCAACUAUUCCUGUGAGUGUCCAGGUGAAUUUAUGGGAAGGAACUGCCAAUACAGAUGCUCUGGCCCCUUGGGAAUAGAAGGAGGAAUUGUAUCAAACCAACAAAUUACUGCAUCAUCCACCCAUCGAGCUCUUUUUGGGCUCCAGAAAUGGUAUCCGUACUAUGCACGACUUAAUAAGAAGGGUCUUGUAAAUGCUUGGACUGCUGCAGAAAAUGACAGAUGGCCAUGGAUUCAGAUAAACCUGCAAAGGAAGAUGAGAGUCACUGGCGUUAUAACCCAAGGAGCCAAGAGGAUUGGAAGCCCAGAAUAUAUAAAAUCUUACAAAAUUGCAUACAGUAAUGAUGGGAAGUUCUGGGUGACAUACAAAGUAAAAGGCACCAAUGAAGAUAUGGUGUUCCAUGGAAAUGUGGACAACAACACUCCCUAUGCCAAUUCUUUCACGCCUCCAAUAAAAUCACAAUACAUUCGACUGUAUCCUCAGGUUUGCAGAAGACACUGUACGUUGAGGAUGGAACUUCUUGGCUGUGAAUUAUCAGGUUGCUCUGAACCUCUGGGGAUGAAAUCAGGGCAUAUACAGGACUAUCAGAUUACUGCAUCCAGCAUCUUCAGAACACUCAACAUGGACAUGUUCACUUGGGAACCUAGGAAAGCCCGGCUAGACAAACAAGGCAAAGUGAAUGCCUGGACUUCAGGUCAUAGUGACCAGUCACAGUGGUUGCAGUGUUUUGAGACAACUGCCAGUUUGAAAUGGAAUUCUCAGCAUGAAACCUCAAUAGCGCUAGAGGUGUGCUACUAA